CCGCCCGCCCCCAGACGCCACCGACGUCUCUAAUACUAGAAACUGUCGCAAAAAAGAGUGCCACGAGGCCAGUACCUGACAGAGGCCAACGUGCAACCUUUUGUCUGUUGCCGUGGCGUUCAGCCGUCUUUGCGCCGAAAUAUCAAAAAGCACCUGCCAACCGAACAUCGCCUGCGCUGCCUUGGCCAUACAUACCGCCAACCUCACUCUACCUCACCAUCCCUACCAGUCAAGUUUCCACGCCCCCAGAUGGAGACGUUGGUAACAAGGUAACCUCCUCGCAAGCUUCAACCCAACCGUCUCAGAAUCGUCCUAUAACAUCUCUUUACAUGGAGACUGUUAUUUUUGACGAGAGCCCGCUGGCUGCAUAUUUGAAUGACGAUGCAGAGGAACCACCCCGAUCCGGUAGAUGGACACCACCCGCCGAGCCCGAAUACAAUGCCGAUACGCCGCCUCCCAGCCCUCCUUUGCCAUCGUUUGCGCCUGGCGGAUUGCCCGUAGUCAAGAAGCGCUUCCGCCAGAAGCCGGACCCCUUGCACGUCCAGAUCCCACAGAGCUACACGUCACCAACGUCCCUUCGUAACCGUUACUCGAGUGCUGUCACAUCACGGAUCGAUCGGGCGGAUAACGCCAAGUUCAUCGAGCAGUUCCGCUACACCGUAGUCGCUUCUCAAUUACUCAGUGGCCACUCUAUACUGGGCGCACAACAUACCUUAUCUGGACAGGGGCAGGAGCAGGUGUCAGGGACAGGUGCCGGUACUCCUGUGGUUGGAGAAGGACUUGUCUUGACUGUUGCUGGCGCCUUUGCCCUUGCCUGGAUCAUUAGCUGGGUCAGGGCUGGUGGAUUCUCGCACUUGACUAAGCAGAAACUCGUAGUCGGCCUGAUCGUGCUGCUAGUGUUUGCCUUGGUUGGUCAUUUCUUGAUACGACACAGAUGGCAGAAGUAUCUGCGGGAAAAGACAUUGACCGAGCUCAAUACGUUCGUUUCCACGUCUCAGCACUUUGACAGUGCCAUCAGCGCCGCGGUUUCCUUGAUCCAAGAGGUAGAGCUGGUGUCCCGGGGCUACAGGAUAAGCGCUCCUCUGCCUCCCGUCAGCCGCAUGGAUGAGAAGAGCCAGACUAGACGGUGCAUGAGGCUUCGAAAGGCACUGAAGGCCUGCUUUGGGCACUGUGUUCCCGAAUACAAGCAGACCAUGGAAGUUGUGAAGAAGUUCGCCGCCGAAUCCGAUCUGGAAAAGUAUCAUGAUGUCUACGACCUCAGCGACCUCGACAUUGCCGAUGCAUUACAGGGUUUCUCCACCGAGUCUAUGGAGGACAUGGAAUCGUUGCACAGUUUCAAAAUCGCAGCGGCUCGUCUCUAUACGUUGCGGAAGAUGUUGCUGUGUGCUUUGCUUGCUCUCGAAGUGACCGGGGACAAUUCAGACUUUCUACGAUGGACGACAGUUGUUGAGGGCUUGAGGAACCUGAAUGAGACUACCAGCGUAUCCUACAUGCGCGUAGCGGAUAUCCUGAAGGAUGAGGAGUCGUUCCCGGUCAUCCCGACACCCAAACUGCCGCUCUCGCCCGGGCGGGAGAGAUGGCGCUCGCAGAUGAGAAAGCUCGAUUCUCUCUCGUCUGGCAUUCGUGGCUUGCAAGCCAAGAUGACAUUGUUGCGGGAGGAGUCAGAUCGUGCUUUGAACGAGGCCGAGGAUGUUUCAGAGAUUGGCCCAAGUCUCAUGUCUCAGUACGACUCGAUCGGGCAAGACCUCAAGAUACUUACUCAGGCCUGGGAAGAGGGAAGAGCCGCCCUGGCUUCCGGUAUCGAUCGGAACGAGAAGCGGUUGUCAUCCAUCAGCAACCUGCUCCUGUCGCCGACAAUUUCACUCAGCGGCCUUACUACAGUCGACGAAGGAGGCGUCGCCGAGGCCCUCGAAGCUCUCAACGGCGGCAGCGGCUCGCCCUGUCCUAACCGUAAGAUGAGCUCUCCCGAAGCUGAAGUAUUCGAGGCCAUCGCCAUGCCGCGACCGCGCAGUCUCCUCACGAGAGAGGAGAGGCUGGCUAAGAUGAAGGCAGACCGAGAGAAGAAGGCCGAGUCGAGAAAAAGCUUGGAGAACGGUCGGUUCAUGCUUCGCGAGCUCGAGACGGUUCUCAACGUCAAAAACGAGCAGAAGAGCGGGGUUCAGCAUCGCAAAUCGGCCUCCCUGGGUCGAACCUCACUUUGAGGACUCUCCACGGCAUCAUUUCAGGAUUCCCACUCGACAACCGAGACCUCGCCUACACAUAUAACUUUUGGACGACUUUAACGACCGUGCAACGACAUUGGGGCAUUACAAGGAGUUUUUUGUGCUUUCUUUCGCUGUUUGGUUUCUUGGAUAUUUUUUGAGGGUGAUCAAUUUGCUUGAACAUGAUCUCUUCAUACGUAAUAUUUGUCAUCGCUUCACUCAAGGGACAGUCACUCUUUUAUUUGCCUUUCUUUUCUUUUUGUCUACAUACGCCUCAUCGGAUUAUAAUAAGGGGUCUAUGACACUCAUGGCUCGCAGAAGCACACAGGAGCUGAUCGAAAGGAUAGACACAUACCACACACAUAACGGAUACAUAAUAGAUAACCCCAGCGCUAGAACAGUAUAUACUUAUUAGUCUUAAUUCUCGGCAUCACGAGGGUCCCUAGCUGA